AUGCAACAUUCGUUGGACCAGAUCUUGCUUCGUCUGCCUCUGUUGGGCGUCGAUCGUGAUUCCCCGGGUCCGAGUCACACCGCACAGUCGUUCUUUCGCGAGGAUCUGUCUCAGGUAUCGCCUAUUGCUUCGGAACCUCGCCGUAGUAAUUUUGGUCCUGAUUAUCGCGAGAAAUUGCUUAAAAAUGUGGAUAUGCCUGUGUUUGAUGGUGCGAAUAUUCACGGUUGGUUGUCGUUGAUGGAACGUUAUUUUCGCAUCGGUGGAUUCUCCGAUUUGGAGAAGUUGGAUAUGGUUUCUGUGCAUUUAGCUGGAGAUGCGUUAGGGUGGUUCAAUUGGGAGAUCAAUCGCGUUCUGUUUGAUGAUUGGUUUCACUUUAAGAGGCGUCUUCUUCUCCGUUUUGGUAACCUGCGAGUGAAAGGACCGAGUCAGAGCUUAUUCUGUAUCAAACAAGAUGGUUCGGUGGUUGAUUAUGUACGGAAGUUUGAAGAUCUCUCAGCUCAGGUUUCUGGUUUAGAUGAUACGAAGGUUGAAGGUAUCUUUCUUGAUGGUUUACGACCAGAGAUGCAAGAGUUAGUUUAUAUGAUGAAACCGCAGGAUUUACCGGAGUUGAUUGCGGUGGCUUUGUCGAUGGAGUCUAGUGCGUUGAGGAAGGUGAUGCAAAAGGAGUUACCUACGGUGGUGGAAACUCAAAAGCAGUUGGUUCCAGCAGCUAGAGUCUCUGUGCCUACGCCAUUGCUGGGUUGGAAAAACAAAUCCUCUUUUUCAGAGACUACUAAACCUGUCGAGAAACUGACCUUGGAGAAAGGGGCUUCCCAGGCUUCUAUGCGUCCUCAGAGACAUCGCUCUAGUGCAGAACUGGAUGAUAUGCGGAGGCGUGGUAUCUGUUUCAAAUGUCAGGGUAAAUGGUUUAAAGGACAUGAGUGUCCUCUCAAGGAGUUGCAGAUCCUGACGGUCUUGAAUGAUUUUGUGGUGGAAGUGUUGCAGGAAUACCGUACAGAGGAGGAUAGUGAGGGUGAAGUGGUAGAAUCACCAGUGGGCGAAUGUAUGGAGUUAUCUUUCAGUUUUUUCAUGGGGAUUUCAUCUCCUCGUACCACUAAAAUGCAGGGUCAAGUGUGUCGUGAUGCAGCUCUGAUUAUGCUGGAUAGUGGUGCUACGCACAACUUUAUUACUCCUGCCUUGGCGUCCAAACUCAAACUGAAUGCCACUCCCAAUGCUCAUUUGGACAUUCUGUUGGGUACAGGGGUUACAGUCAAGGGUGCGGGUGUGUGUCGUGAUGUCAGUUUCACGGUGCAGGGUAUCACCUUUACUACAGACUUUAUCAUUCUUGAUUUGGGACAGGUGGAUGUGAUUCUUGGUGUGUACUGGCUGCGGACAUUAGGUGAUUGUCGUAUGAAUUGGGAGACUCAUGAGAUGUCUUUCUUGUACCAAGGACGUGAAGUGCGUUUGGUAGGAGAUGCGAGUACACAGUUGUCUUGUUUUGCGGUGAAACCAGUCCCGUUUAGCGAACUUGAUGAUUGUGGUUUCUCGUUGUUGGAGCAUAAUGGGGAUGUUCAAGCUUUAUUGGAAUGGCCUAGAGAAGUAGAAUCAGUCUUACAUCAGUUUGAUCACGUAUUUGCUACUCCCUCGGGUCUUCCUCCUAUACGGGGUCAUGAACAUGCCAUUUCUUUGUUACCAGGGGUGGGAGCAGUAAGUGUACGCCCGUAUAGAUAUCCUCAUGCUCAGAAGGAGGUUAUGGAGAAAAUGGUGAAGGAAAUGCUAGCUGGAGGAAUCAUUCAACCGAGUAAAAGUCCGUACUCUAGUCCUGUUUUGUUGGUCAAAAAAAAUUAUUCAAGCUGGUGGUUCUGUGUCGAUUACAGGGCGUUGAACAGAGCCACGGUAAUGGAUAAGUUUCCUAUUCCAGUUAUAGAUCAGCUGUUAGAUGAGUUGAACGGCGCUCAAGUGUUUUCCAAACUCGAUCUGUGUGCGGGUUACCAUCAGAUUCGUAUGAAAGCAGAGGAUGUCAACAAGACGGCUUUCUGCACUCACGAUGGCCAUUAUGAGUUCUUGGUGAUGCCGUUUGGUCUCACUAACGCCCCUGCUACCUUCCAGGCGCUAAUGAAUUCUAUCUUCAGACCUUACCUUCGAAAGUUCAUCUUAGUUUUCGUUGAUGAUAUUUUGGUCUAUAGCGCUAACAUGCAGGAGAAUUUGGAACAUCUUGUGGUGGUGAUGAAAUUGUUUGCUGAACACCGGUUAUUUGCCAACAAGAAGAAGUGCUUAUUUGCUCAAAGACAAAUUGAUUACCUGGGACAUAUUAUCAACUCUGAGGGCGUGUCUACUGACCCUGCUAAGACGGCAACUAUGUCUCAAUGGCCAGUUCCCAAGACAGUCAAGGAGCUUUGUGGUUUUCUUGGCCUGACUGGCUAUUAUCGCAGGUUUGUCCGCGGUUAUGGCUCGUUAGCUCGACCACUUACAGAGCUUCUAAGAAGGAUCAAUUUCUUUGGAGUCAGGAGGCUCAGACCGCUUUUGAAGGGUUGA